AUGGAAAGAAAUUGGGAACUAAAAUCCGCAGAGGAUCCGUCCCCAUGUCCAUUAGCUUCUGAAUUUAUCAUUUCCUUUUUUUGGCGGGAGUUUCUCUCUUCUUCUCCCGCUUACUCUCCUCCUUCUACCUCUCUCUCUCUCUCUCUCUCUCUAACGGUCUAGGGCAAAUCUCUCUCUGCAUCUCCGUAAUCGGGGCGAGAUAUCGAUCGCUGUGCUCAACAAUUACCAGGUUAUGGAGGACCAAGCUCCAACGACCGAAACAUCGACCCGUCGCUCCAAAAGAGCUAGGGUUCAGACUCAAGGGACCGAGAACCAAAUGGAAAAGGGGAACGGUACUACUGGUGGAGAGAACAGCGAUGGAAGUAACCAGGCUGACCGCGAGAGUUCGCCUGAUGAUUUCGAAGAGACUCGUCCCAGAGCUAAGCGAGGUCGCCCUCAGGGAGGGACCUCCGGCGGGAAUCACAAAUCUACCAAGCAGACCUUAAUUGAGGUCAUUAAAGGUAAUGGCAAAUACAUUCAUCAAGCAGUCAAGCUUUGGGUCGAGCAAUAUGAAAACGAUCCAAAACCUGCAAUGGUUGAACUCUUGACUAUGCUCUUUGAGGCAUGUGGCGCCAAGUAUUAUCUCAAAGGAGAGUUUCUAGAUGAAAUUGAUGUUGACGAUGUUGUGGUUGCACUUGUUGAUCUUGCUAGAAGAGGCGAAGUUGAAGAUUACCAAAGUUCAAAAAAGAAGGAAUUUAAGAAUUUUAAAGAUAAUCUUCAAUCAUUCUGGGACACACUGGUUCGUGAGUGUCAACAUGGCCCUCUGUUUGAUCAGGUUCUGUUUGACAAGUGCAUGGACUAUAUUAUUGCUCUGUCAUGCACUCCUCCAAGAGUCUACCGUCAAGUUGCUUCAUUUAUGGGACUCCAACUUGUUACAUCCUUCAUAGCUGUUGCAAAAGUGCUUGGUGCUCAACGGGAAACAACUCGUAGACAGUUAGAUGCUGAAACAAAGAAAAGAGUUGAAGGGCCUCGUGUGGAGUCACUAAACAAAAGGUUUUCAGCAACUCAUGAAAAGAUUACUAUGUUGGAGGAGAUGAUGCGCAAAAUCUUCACUGGGUUAUUUAUGCAUCGUUAUCGAGACAUUGAUCCAAAUAUUCGGAUGUCUUGCAUAGAGUCUUUGGGUGCGUGGAUUUUGUCAUACCCAUCUCUGUUCUUGCAGGAUUUGUACCUAAAGUACUUAGGUUGGACGCUGAAUGAUAAAAGUGCUGGUGUUAGGAAAGCUUCUGUCCUUGCGUUGCAAAAUCUGUAUGAGGCGGACGAUAAUGUGCCAACUCUUGGUCUAUUCACGGAAAGAUUUUCCAAUCGGAUGAUUGAGCUUGCUGAUGACAAUGACAUUCCUGUAGCUGUUUGUGCGAUAGGCCUUGUAAAGCAACUACUAAGACAUCAGCUUCUGCCUGAUGACGCCUUGGGCCCGCUAUAUGAUUUGCUUAUUGACGAACCAGCAGAGAUCAGGCAUGCUAUAGGGGAAUUAGUGUAUGAUCACUUGAUUGCACAAAAGUUCAAUAGCUCCCAAUCCAGUGCCAAAGGUGAAGGAAGCGAUUUCUCUGAGGUUCAUCUUGGCAGAAUGUUACAGAUACUAAGAGAAUUCUCCACGGACCCAAUUCUGAUCAUCUAUGUGAUUGAUGAUGUUUGGGAGUACAUGAAGGCUAUGAAGGACUGGAAGUGCAUUAUCUCUAUGCUUUUGGACGAGAACCCUUCAGUUGAGCUUACUGAUGAGGAUGCCACUAACUUGGUACGACUUCUCAGUCAAUCUGCCAAAAAGGCUGUUGGAGAGAGAAUAGUUCCUGCAACUGAUAAUCGAAAGCAGUAUUACAAUAAAGCUCAGAAAGAAGCAUUUGAAAAUUACAAAAGGGACAUUAGUAUUGCCAUGAUGAAGAACUACCCAUUACUUCUACGCAAGUUCAUGGCUGACAAAGCAAAAGUACCAUCACUAGUUGAAAUCAUUUUGCAUAUGAAUCUUGAACUUUAUUCUCUGAAGAGGCAAGAACAGAAUUUUAAGAAUGUUCUUCAGCUCAUAAAAGAGGCAUUUUUCAAACAUGGUGAGAAGGACGCUCUAAGAUCUUGUGUACAAGCUAUUAACUUUUGUUCUGUGGAGAGUCAAGGGGAGCUACAAGAUUUUGCCCGUUCUAAAUUGAAGGAAGUUGAAGAUGAGCUUGUUGCCAAGCUUAAAUCUGCUAUGAAAGAAGUAGCGGAUGGUGGUGAUGAGUAUUCCCUUCUUGUAAAUUUGAAACGGUUGUAUGAACUUCAGCUGUUGAGGGCUGUUCCAAAUGAGACCAUAUAUGAAGAUCUAGUCAAGGCUCUUCAGAAUUUUAGAAACAUGGAAGACGAGGUUGUCAGUUUUCUGCUACUUAACAUAUAUUUGCAUUUGGCUUGGUCUGUACACUCAGUUAUAAGUAGUGAGACUGUCUCUGAGGCAUCGUUGUCUUCUUUAUUAUCCAAACGUAACACUUUGUUUGAGCAACUACAGUACUUUCUUAAAAGUCCUCAAAUGGAGGGAGCUGCUAACCUUGGGAACCAACUAGCCUCCAGGGUUUGCACCAUACUUGCAGAGGCAUGGUGUCUGUUCAGAAGGACAACUUUUGUUUCCACACAGCUGGAAAGAUUGGGAUAUUUUCCAGAUGAGUCAAUUGUCCAGAGAUUUUGGGGACUUUGUGAGCAACAGCUUAAUAUUUCAGAUGAGAUAGAAGAUGAAGAUGCUAACAAAGAGUAUAUUGAGGAGACAAACAGAGAUGUCGUCAUUGUUGCUGCCGCAAAGUUGGUUGCUGAUGAUACGGUCCCUAAGGAGUAUCUUGGCCCAGAAAUCAUUUCUCAUUAUGUGAUGCAUGGAGCAAGUGUCGCAGAGACCAUUAAGAAUCUGAUCAGUGUUCUUAGAAAAAGAGAUGACAAUCUCUCCAAAAUUUUUCUCGACGCUUUGAAAAAGGCGUAUCAUCGCCAUAUGCUUGAACUUACUAGAAGUGAUGAUGAAUCUUUAGCGACCAAGUUGUUUCUAGAAUGUAAAGAACUUUCUGCCCGGUUAUCUGGAACAUUUGUUGGUGCUGCUCGGAACAAGCAUAAAGCAGAUAUUUUAAAAAUUGUCAAGGAUGGAAUUGAACAUGCUUUUGUAGAUGCUCCAAAGCAAUUGUCUUUUCUUGAAGGUUCUGUGCUCCAUUUUGUAUCCAGACUUCCUACACCUGAUAUCCUGGACAUCAUGAAGGAUGUUGAAAAACGAACGGAGAAUGUAAAUACAGAUGAAGAUCCCAGUGGCUGGCGCCCCUAUUACACGUUUAUUGAUAGUUUACGUGAAAAGUAUGCAAAGAAUGAAGGUCAAGAUGAAAAAGAAGGCUUGGUAGUUAGGCGAAGGGGACGUCCACGUAAACGGCGUAACAUAGAGGGAAGAAGACUUUUUGAUGAGCAAAGUUCAAGUGAAGAGGAGGAUUCUAUCAGCACAUCUGACCAUGAAAAUGCUCAAGAUGAAGAAGAUAAGCAAGAUGAUGACGAAGAGGAAAAUACUCCUUUAAUACAUGCCAUUAGGUCAUCCAAGUUGAGGUCAUUGAAAGUUUCAAGAGAGGAAAAUAAGGGCCGGACAAGAGCAGGAGAUUCCAGUAGAGCUAAAGAUUAAUCGACUGCUGCUAGAAUCAGGAUCCUCAAAUUAUGAUCAAGUUUGCACCUCGUGUAUAUGAAGAAUACGCAUUACGCGGUAUAGCUUGUAGGUCGAGAAGGCUAUGCAAAUUAGAUGAUCCUUGACUUAGUUCUAUUCUAUCUUUAGGAUUUUGACAGGGUAAGAAUUAUUGUUUUCGUAGCAAUGCAUAUAUACAUCUAUAAUCAGGUUGACAAACUGUUUGUAAUGUUUGUGCGGUUUUAUCUCAAUGGCUAGCUCUUUGUUCUUUGUUC